UCUAUCUUCACUGACUUGACUGCACUCAAUUCCAUAUAUAUAUUAUGCCCAAGAAACUCCACUAAACAUAUGAACAAAUGGCUUUAUUACACAAUCCUCUUGUUCAUGCACUCAUUUAUGUCUUCUUUAUCUCCAUACUUUCACUUCAUACCACAUUUUCAUCAAAACCUCAAGGAGAGGCUCUUGUCCAAUGGAAGAACACUUUAAUACCAUUUGAUUCACCUGGAGAUUAUGAUAUGCUGCAUUCUUGGUCCUUAAACAAUCUCGAAAGCCUUUGUAACUGGAAGGGCAUUACCUGCAAUGCUGGAGGAACCAUUCUGAAGCUCAACGUUUCAGGUCUCCAUCUCAACGGAACACUUGUUAACCUCAGUUUCAAUUCGUUUCCGAACCUCAUUUCCCUGGACAUGAGUUCCAACUUCUUUAUAGAUGUCAUACCAGCAGAGAUUGGAAGCCUGACACAACUUCAGCACUUGAGCUUUUCCUUCAACAAUCUUAAUGGUACCAUUCUUUCCCAAAUUAGUCAUCUUCAGAAGUUGACCUUUCUUGAUUUGUCAUGGAAUAGGUUGACAGGAUCCCUGCCUCAAUCGAUGUUUACCCAUUUAACUAAUCUUGAAUUCCUCGAUCUAAGUCUUAAUCAUUUCGAAGGGCCAUUGCCAGGAAAUAUUUCAAAGCUUUCCAGGCUAAAGGAACUUAAUUUAGGAAGAAAUAAUUUCUCAGGGUCUAUUCCUGAUGAAGUAGGUCUUUUACACCAUCUUCAAGUUCUCAGAUUGUCUGAGAAUUUAUUUGUAGGUAAAAUUCCUUUUUCUAUCGGCCAACUUAAGAAGCUUCAAACACUUGAUCUCAGAGCAAAUUCUCUAACUGGCCCUCUGCCUUCGUCCUUCACAAAUCUUUCACAGAUUUCUGUACUAGACCUAUCAGAUAAUCUUCUGUCCGGUAAGCUCUUGCCUCAUUUCUUCAGCAACUGGACUGAGUUAACAUAUCUGCGGAUGAGAAACAAUACAUUCACUGGUAUUAUUCCUUCUGAAAUUGGUAUGCUCGGAGGACUUCAGAUCUUAGACCUGUCAAGAAACUGUUUAGCAGGUUCAGUUCCAGCAACUAUUGGCAACCUCACCAAACUGGAUACCUUACGUUUGUUCUUGAACAAUCUCACUGGAACUAUUCCACAUGAAAUUGGGAAUUUAACACAGCUAACACUUCUUUAUCUCAACAAUAAUCAAUUGUAUGGAAAGGUGCCAGAUUCAAUUUCUGGUUUAAGUAACUUGUUGUUACUUUACCUUUAUGCCAAUAGUUUUACUGGCAGCAUUCCGAAGGACCUGGGAUUUAUCAACACUCCAAACUUGACGUUUGUUGAUUUAUCAAAGAACAACUUUUCUGGAGAUAUUCCUGCAACACUUUGCCAACAUACGUCCCUUCGGCUUCUUGAUUUGUCAAGGAACAGCUUAAGCGGUGAACUUACACACUAUAUGGAAGAUUCUUUCACUGAGAGCUGCCAACUGACAACUUUCAACAUGAACAGCAAUGACUUCGAAGGGCCGAUACCCCUAGCCUUGGCAAACUGUAAGCAGUUGCAGAUUCUUGAUCUUGGAAAUAACAAAAUAAGUGGCACGAUUCCAUCGUGGCUUGUUACUCUUCCAGAGCUACAAAUCUUUGUCUUACGAUCAAACAGACUUCAUGGUAUGUUGGGUGUGAGAAAAGUGGAGCAUCCAUUCCCCAAAUUGCGCAUCAUGGAUCUCUCUCACAAUCAAUUUAGUGGUAACCUGGACAUCGAAUUUCUCGUUAGUUUCAAAAUUUUGGUAAAUCCAGAUCAAAUUCAUGAUUUGGACAUAUAUCUACCACGAUACGGUAAUUACAUAAUACCCAAACAAGCUAUACACUACGAAGCAUCUGUCCUGUUAACUGUCAAAGGACUAGAUGUUAAAGUGAAAAAAAUUCUCAAAUUGUACACAGUUAUAGAUUUAUCAAGCAACAUGUUCAGUGGAGAGAUUCCAGAGCUCAUUGGCGAACUAAAAUCACUCCGGCUGCUAAACUUAUCACAUAACAGCCUUACAGGCCAUAUACCGUCUCUGAGAAACAUGAGCCUUCUUGAAUCUUUAGAUUUGUCUUCAAACCAGUUGAGCGGUACAAUUUCUUCCCAAUUGACUGGUUUGACAUUUCUAUCAUCCUUGAACCUCUCGGAAAACCAUCUUUCUGGAGCUAUUCCACGUGGAAGCCAAUUCGACACAUUCAGUAAUGACUCAUUCCGACAUAACCCGGCCCUGUGUGGAGUUCCUCUGACAAAGAAAUGCAUAGAUGACGAGUUGCCAACACAAGAAGUUGAUGAUGAUGAUGAUGAUGAUGAUGAUGAUGAUGAUGAUGAUGAUGAUGAUGAUGAUGAUGUGAAUUGGUUUGAUUGGCAAAUGGCCCUAAUAGGCUAUGGAAGUGGAUUGGUAUGCGGAUUAUCCCUGGGAUACAUUUUUUGCACAACUACAAUGGCUUUACAGUGUGUGAUAUUCAUUGAAAUAGCUCAUCAAAAGUUGGCCCGAAAAUACAGGUCUCUGCAGCUUUAUUGAGAAGCAACUAAGCUGUUAAAUAAUUAAUGCAUACACGGCACAAUGUUCGUCCUCCCAGAACUCCUCCACAUUCUCACUCUUAAUCGCUUCACACCUCCUCAUUUGAUGUGCAAGACAUGUACACUGCAAGAGUUCCUGUGUUAAUCAUUGUUUUCAAUACUCUUCUCAGUCCGUGUAACCGUGUUUAAGACUUUCUUUGUUAUGCUUAUUGAUAUCACAUGAAAUACUAUGCUAAAUAAAGCAACUGUUCUUAUAGCAAAUUACUCGGUCUACUUUUAUCUACUCUAUGUGAAGUCUAGCUAAUGUAGAGGUAAUUUGGCA